AUGGGCAUAAGCGCGCCGCACUAUGGGUCGCGUCGCAGCAUGGCAGAUGCCGGGCAAAGCAGCUAUGCCGGCUUCAGGCCUGAUGGCGGCGAGAGUGGUCACAGCGGCCAUGGUUCUGGCUCAGUCACUGCGGGAACGACGGUCGACCAGGUGUGCCAGGCAGCGACCGACGCCUUUAUGCGCGGGGUGCCGUACUUGCGCAUAAACACGUCGAUCCUGGUUGCAUGCCAUUCUGAGGCAGCAAUGUCAAGCAACUUGUUCUCCGAAGAAGCAAGCGUGGUCUACAGCGACGCCUGCUACCACGAUGUAGAGGACCCGACUGCACGCGACUCUCUGGACCCUCAUGUCUUUGAGCUGGUAGCCGACGCCUACGCGCACAUGCGGCGGCUGCGACAAGAUCAGGUCGUUGUGCUGAGCGGAGUCAGUGGAAGCGGCAACUGGGCGUGCUGGCGUCAAACUCAGGGCGACACAGCACGCGUGCGCAGUACCAGAUGGCCUACGUAG